AUGCACCUCCAAAAACCCCUCCUCUCAACCCUCCUCCUCCUCCCAACCCUAACCCUCUCCACGCCCCUCCAUCAAACAAACACCACCCAAGCUCUGGUCCCAGGCCACGCCAUCGUCCACAACAACUGCUCCUUCCCCGUGUAUCUCUGGUCCGUCGGCUCAACCACCAGCCCCGAACACACGCUUGCCCAAAACGCCCGCUACACCGAGACCUUCCGCCACGACCCUCAAACCGGCGGCGUGGGCAUCAAGCUCACGACCGAGAAGAACGGGCUCGCGACCUCAGCCGCCCAGACUGUCUUUGCGUAUAAUCUUGUCGCGGACCAAGUGUGGUAUGAUCUGAGUGAUGUCUUUGGGGACCCGUUUAAGGGUCACCGAGUGGUUUUGGAUGGGGAUGUCGUGGAUAUUAUUUGGCCAAGGGGCGUGCCGCCGGUGGGAGAGGGGAGGGUGGGGGUUCAGGGUGCGGGGAGGGAUUUGGUGUUGAGUGUUUGUUAG